AUGGAGGUCCAGGGCAGAGGAUCCCUUUCGGAGGAGUCAGACCCUCUCGGUGCUGGAAACCCGAAAGAAGCUGGCGAGACAGCGGUGCUGCUGACGGCUGGUUCCCAGAGAAUUCACACCGGAGAGAAACCCUACGAAUGCCAGGAAUGUGGCAAAGCCUUUAGCCAGAGCAUCCAUCUCACGCUCCACCAGAGAAUUCACACCGGAGAGAAACCCUACCAGUGCUGCGAGUGCGGGAAAGCCUUCAGCCACCGCUCGGCCCUCAUCCGGCACCACAUCAUCCACACCGGGGAGAAGCCUUACGAAUGCAACGAGUGUGGCAAGGCCUUUAACCAGAGUUCCUACCUCACUCAGCAUCAGCGCAUCCACACCGGGGAGAAGCCCUACAGGUGUAAUGAGUGUGGCAAGGCCUUCAGCCAGAGCACCUUCCUUACCCAGCAUCAGGUCAUCCACACGGGAGAGAAGCCCUACAGGUGUAAUGAGUGCGGCAAAGCCUUCAGCGAUCGGUCAGGCCUCAUUCAGCACCAGAGAACCCACACCGGCGAGAGGCCGUACGAGUGUGGCCAGUGCGGGAAGGCCUUUGGCUACUGUUCCGCCCUGACUCAGCACCAGAGAACUCACACCGGGGAGAAACCCUAUCAGUGCCACGAUUGUGCCAAAGCCUUCAGUGACCGCUCAGCGCUUAUUCGUCACCAGAGGACUCACACUGGAGAGAGACCUUACAAGUGUAAGGAUUGCGGGAAAGCCUUCAGCCAGAGCUCAUCUCUUACAAAACACCAGAAAACACACACGGGAGAGAAACCAUACAAGUGUCAGGACUGUGGCAAAGCCUUCAGUCAGAGUUCGUCCCUUUCUCAGCACCAGAGAACUCACGGCGGGGGGGAAAAGCAAGGAACACAGACGAGGCUGUAG